GUUGAGGCGGGCGUCAUGACUUUUAAGUGACCACUCUGCCACAGCAAUCGGUGAUGUAACACGACUGGUUCCUGCUUCCCGGCUAGUCCCCUCCACCACCAGCAAAGCCAGCACAUCCAGCAGGAGCAGCUCCACCGCUCGAGCCUUCUUCCCUCGGGGGAAACACUACCACCUGCCGCCACAUCUCGCCCCUUAUGACCGUCUCAAAGAUGACAUGGCGUCCUCAGUACCGCAGCUCCAAGUUCCGCCACGUGUUUGGUAAGGCCGCCACCAAGGAGAACUGCUUUGAUGGCGUGCCAAUCACACGCAGUGUGCAGGACAACAGCUUCUGUGCGAUCAACCCACGUUUCCUGGCUGUCAUCACUGAGUGUGCUGGAGGAGGGGCCUUCUUGGUCCUGUCUGUCCAUCAUACGGGUAAAGUGGACCCUCAGCAACCUCGAGUGUCGGGCCACAGGGGCAAUGUGUUAGACAUCAAAUGGAAUCCCUUCAACGACUGCUGCAUCGCCUCCUGCUCCGAGGACGCCACGGUUAAAGUGUGGGAAAUCCCUCCUCACGGUGUGUAUAAAAACAUUACAGUACCGUGGAAGGAGCUCCAGGGUCACAGUCGCAGAGUGGGCCUCAUCGAGUGGCACCCAACUGCUAACAACAUCCUCUUCAGUACUGCCUAUGACUACCAGAUAAUGAUCUGGAACCUGGACUGUCCGGAGCCGGUGAUAAAGAACCCCGUGCGGACCAUCAGUCACCACCCAGAUGUUGUCUUGUCCAUGUCUUUCAAUACAGAUGGAAGUCUUCUUGCUACCACCUGCAAGGACAGGAAAGUCCGCCUGAUGGAGUCGCGCUCUGGAACGCUGCUGCGGGAAAGCAACUGCAAGACGCACAGAGCCAAUAAAGUGCUGAUCUUGGGAAACACCAAGAUGCUUCUCACGUCGGGAACGUCGCGCUACAAUGAUCGGCAGAUAGCACUGUGGGAUCAGGAUGAUCUGUCCGCGCCUUUAUUGGAAGACAACCUGGACGGUUCGUCGGGGGUCAUUUUUCCUUUCUACGACCCCGACACACACAUGCUCUACCUUGCUGGGAAGGGUGAUGGAAAUAUCAGGUACUAUGAGAUCAGCACAGAAAAACCAUACCUUCACUUCUUAACAGAGUACCGCUCACAACUACCUCAGAAAGGACUGGGUGUGAUGCCGAAGCGAGGCCUCGAUGUGAGCUCCUGUGAAAUCUUCAGGUUCUACAAACUGGUGACAAUCAAGAGUCUCAUCGAGCCUCUUUCUAUGAUUGUACCCCGCAGGUCGGAGUCGUACCAAGAGGACCUCUAUCCAAUGACGGCUGGAAACAGGCCUGCUCUGACUGCAGAGGAGUGGCUCGGUGGCAUGGACAAAGGUCCAUUGCUAAUGUCUUUGAAGCCAGGAAGUCAAAUAGCAGAGUCCUUCUCAGACAUGAAGGCAGUGGGCAACUCACUGGAAAACUCGCUAGACACUCGCAGGUCUCAGGGCAGACCGUGCAUGCUACAGCUCGCUUACAUUCAGGACCAACUGGAAGCCAAAGAAAGCAAAGAGGACAGCACCUAUCGGCAGUACGUGCUGCUGGUAGUGUGCAGUGGUGUGCGGGAUAUCUUCUUGCCAAACUUGGCUCCCUCUUGUGCCAACUGA